GAGGUGAAAUUCACGCGGCAGAGUGCGCGUGGCCGGAGCCAGGCAUAGUCAGCUGUCCAAUCUGUUUCGCCAAAGAAAGAGAUAAUCCCACAAAAAUAAAAAGGAUAAGCAAAAACCGUCCCCACUCUGUGGAAUAGCUACAAAAACCCCAAACAUCCUCCCCAAUUUUCUCCAUGAACGAAAUCGCCGCCUCGCGCCGCCGCCUCUGAAUCUGGCAUGGACCACCUCUCCCCCAAAUCUACCGCCACCGAACAGGCCGACGAGAUCGACGGCGAUCCGGCCGUUUGGGCCGCCUUCUCGCAGAAUUUCCGGCAGGUGCAGUCGGUGCUCGACCGCAACCGCCUCCUCAUCCAGCAGGUCAACGAGAAUCACCAAUCCAAAGUCCACGACAAUCUGGUGAAGAACGUCUCCCUGAUUCAGGAGAUCAACGGCAACAUAUCCAAGGUCGUCUCCAUGUACUCCGAUCUCUCCUCCAAUUUCACCACCGUCUGCCACCAGCACCGCGACGACGACAAGAGAAACUCCGGCGAGAAGCGCUGAAUUCAAAUCCGCUUCACCGUAUUUGAGUGUAAUUUUGAUUUUUAGGCAUGUAUGGCUUGGAAUCUGGUAUGUAUGUCGUCAUGCUCUACAUUUUCCAAAUAAAUUUUCAAACUGCUAUUAAUUUUA